AUGCGAUCGAGUGAUUCUCCAGCUGCUGCUCCAACAUCAACACUUGCGCCGACGGGAAGAAUUGAUGCGGUUGGUCUUGAUCGCGAUGUCGAGGCAAUACUCAGUCGCCUCCGUCGAGAUGCCGACGAACUCCAAAUCAUUCCGAUAGCUGGCGCAGGAGGAAUCGGUAAAACAACUCUUGCUCGAAAUGUUUAUCACGAUCCAUAUCUCAUAGUCAUAGACAAGUUUGACAUUCGUGCUUGGGUUACAGUAUCUCAGGAUUAUAAUUUUGGUAACAUUUUCAAGAAUUUGCUUGUUUCCAUGAAAGUAUUUGUCAAAGAAGAUAUAACUAGAUUGAGCAAAGAGGAAAUGGCUUUAAAAGUGCACCAAACCUUAACAGAUAGGAGGUAUUUGAUUGUAAUAGAUGAUAUGUGGAGUACCAAGGCUUGGGAUGAAAUAAGGUCGUAUUUUCCCAACAACUCCAAUAGAAGCAGGAUCAUAUUGGCGACGAGGCUAAAAGAUGUGGCUGCUUAUGUUGAUUCUUCGCAGAAAUUCCAUGAGAUGCAAUACUUGGAUGAUUUCCAAAGUUUGAUUCUACUUAAGAAGGAAUUGUGUAAAGGAGAAUGCCGUCUUCCUAUGUUGGAAGCAAUGGAGAAUAUAGCAACAAAGAUCGCGAGAAGCUGUGGAGGGCUGCCCCUUGCAAUUGUGGUGACUGCAGGGCUUCUCUCUGAAGUCAGCGAGACUGAAGCCGACUGGGAGCAGAUCGCUGCCAACAUAAAUUUGGUCAUCACAGCAGAUGAAGAGAAGUAUGCUGCAAUAUUAGAUUUGAGUUAUACCAAUUUGCCUCAUCAUUUGAGGCAUUGUUUCUUAUACAUGGGAGCUUUUCCAGAAGAUUAUGAGAUUCGAGUCUCAAAAUUGGUGAAACUUUGGAUAGCUGAGGAUUUGGUAGAAUCAACUGCAACCAAAACCCCUGAGGAAGUAGCAGAGGUGUGCCUGGAGGAUCUGGUUAAGAGAAAUCUUGUUUUGGUUACGAAGGGGAAGUCUCAUGGCCGGAUCAAGAGCUGUGGCCUUCAUGAUCUGUUGCGCGACUUGUGCCUUAUGAGAUCGUUGGAAGAGAAUUUUCUACUAACUUUUAUGGGUUCGUUUUUUCUUCCUGAAAUCUUUGCAACGCAGCUCCGUAUUAGUAUUUCUCAUUCCAAUAUUCUUGCACACAUUGAUGGCUCAACCAUUCAUACUAUUAUAUGCUACAGUCAUAGCUCAGUAGACUCUUUGGAAAAAUUUAGGAAGCUCAGGAUAUUGGAUAUGCUAAACACCAGUGUCCCAGCCCAAGUGCUUGAGCUUCGUGAUCUUAGAUUUCUUGUUUUCAGCUACUCCAAUGCAAUUCUUGAAUCCACAUCAAACCUUGAGAAUCUCCAAACCUUGAUUAUUUAUCCAAACGAUGCAUCUAUAUUGGUUCAUUUUCCACUUGAAAUAUGGAAGAUGCCACGGUUAAGGCAUCUCAUCUCCCCCUCUGUUCAUCCCUUACCCCAUCUUGAUGGAGCAAUGUCUCCUUCAGAAAACUUACAAACACUUUCACUUGCAACCAACUUUGAAUGCAGUGAAAGGAUGUUGAAAAUGAUCCCUAAUGUUAAGAAGUUGGGCAUAUGUUACUUUGAAGAGAAGUUCGAUAGGGACUUUCAUCUAGAAAACCUUCAACGUUUGGAAAAACUUGAGAAAUUGAAAAUGGAGGUAUGUGGUGAUUUCUGUGUGAGGCCAAGUCUCAAUCCUGUUUUUCCUGAGUCGUUGAAAAAGUUAACCUUGAGUGGUUGGCGGCGUCCUUGGACGGAUUUGAGCAUUGUUGGUUCGUUGCCUAAUCUUCAAGUGCUCAAACUGAGAAACUAUGCUUGUUAUGGCAGCAUUUGGGAAACAAGUGAUGGAGAAUUCGAGGAAUUGGAAUUUCUUCUAAUUGAUGAAUCAAAUCUUGAGAAAUGGUGGACAGAUAGCAGCCACUUUCCGAAGCUCAGGAGUCUAGUACUUCAACGCUGUCCUUCUCUUAUGGAGAUUCCAGAUGAUAUUGUAUACAUUCCGACCCUUGAACUGAUUGAGAUUGAUGGCCGGAACAAAUCACUCCUGGAGUCGGCCAAAAGCAUACAAAAGGAACAAGAAACUGACUAUGACAAUUACAGAAUUCAAGUUCGUUAUUGA